AUGCCUGACACCAUAUUAAAUCAAUUCUCGGUGCAACAACUAAAAAAAUGGUUGGGAGCCCUUGGACGCCAAACUUCCGGCACUAAAGCGGAGUUGAUAGGGCGUCUCCAAGCCAUUUCUCCGGAAAAACGUGGCGAUCCACCGUCAAACAACGGAUCAGCAACGGAAGCAACGGAUGGAGCUGCAUCGCAGCUAGCACAACGAGAGCUGCAAGAGGGAGACACACCAGCGACCCCGUUAGACGCGCAAUCGGCGGCGUCAGAGACCCUAGAAAGUCUGGAUUUGGAGCAGUUAUCGCUAGUGGAUGCCGAAAAAGCCACCCUGCAGAAAAUUCGUGACGAAAUAGAUGCAAACAUGGCCGUGUUGCAGAGCAUUUACACAGAAAUCGACGAGGCGAACAAGAACAAGUCCGUUCAUGCUGGGCAAGCCCAUGACGUCAUCGAAAAUAACAUUGAAAAUGAUGGCAAUGUUAACAUGUGCGCUAACAGCACCAAUGUCAAAGCUAACAGCACCAAAGUGACCAUCACUGCCGAUAACAUGAUCGGGGGAGAUACCAGUGUUGGAAAGGAGACCGCUAGCAGUGAUGAUCAACGCCAGAGUACAAAUGUAAACAAACUCUUGGAAUCGCCAGCAGCAGCGCUUGCCUUGGCAAAAGAGGUCACCAUGGAGUACGACGGCAGCGUGUGUGUGCGUAAUUGGGUCACACAGUUCCAGAACAUCGGCAAGAUCUACAAUUUGGACGACGGCUGCUUGCAUAUGCUUCUAAUUGCCAAGCUGAAAGGGAGUGCACAACGUUGGCUGCACGCAAACACCACGCGAAUUCUGGAGUCAACCGAUCAGCUGUGUAAGCAGUUAAUUGUGUCAUUUGGGGUCAAAAUGUCCAAAGGAGAAUUGAGGAGCGCAUUCCAAAAGCGCGAAUGGCGUUCAGAGGAGAAAUUUGCGGCUUAUUUCGAGGACAAGAUGAUGCUGGCCAACGAUAUCAACAUCGAUCUGGAGGAACUCCUGGAAAACAUUAUCGAAGGAAUUCCGGCACCAGCGCUACGCAAUCAGGCCCGCAUACAGUGCUUUUCCGAACCGAUGCAGGUUUUGAGAGCCUUCUCGGAAGUACGUCUGCCAAAGCACAAGCCGGAUAAUAGUUCGCCAAAACGCUUCUAUGAAGGAGGCCCAGCUAAGAAGGAUCUGCGUUGCGCCAACUGCAACUCAAAAGGACACUUCGCCAAGGAGUGCCUGAAGCCGAAGAGAGAGCCCGGAUCCUGCUACGCUUGUGGAGCGUUCGGACACUUCGUCGGACAAUGCCCGGAGCGCAAGAGCGCCAAUAUCAACAAUUAUAAUGCCUCAUAGACACCGGGAGCCCAAUAUCAUUUGCAAAACUAAGCAGUAUAUCCAGUGAAGUCAAUUUAGAGUCUGCUGCUGAAAACUAUUUCGGGCUAAAUAAAAGCCAACUAAUAAUACUCGGAAAAACCUUAUGUUACAUUACAAAAGAAAGAAUAAAAUGUUAUUUUGAUUUAUACGUAGUUCCAGACGGGUCUAUGAGUCAUAAUGUAA